AUGUCAGAUGGUGUUCAAAGAGGUCUUAUAGGGUUAAUUAUUAGUCGUUUUGAGAAGCGAGGAUAUAAACUUGUUGCUGUUAAGUUUAUUAAGGCGUCCCGUGAACUUUUAGAAGAGCAUUAUUCGGAUCUUCGUAAAAAACCUUUCUUUGAUAGUUUGAUUACAUAUAUGUCAUCUGGACCUAUAUGUGCAAUGGUUUGGGAGGGAAAACAAGUAGUAAGAAUUGGACGAGCAAUACUUGGUGAAACAGAUCCUUUGGCAUCAGCACCAGGAACUAUUCGAGGUGAUUUUGCAAUUGAUAUAGGCCGAAAUGUUUGCCAUGGUUCAGAUAGUGUUUCAAGCGCAAAGCGAGAAAUUCAACUUUGGUUUGAUGAAAAAGAACUUUUAACUUGGGAAAACCAUAAUUAUUCUUGGAUUUACGAAAGUUAG